AGAGAACUGCCAGUUUGGUCAGGCUUUUGGGGUUUAAAAGAUCUUCUAUCUAACAUCGGAAUCUUCAAUCUUCAAAGCCCUCUUUGAAAACGUUUCUUAUAUAUUCUCUUCUUUUUAUACUAAACAACAGAUUCCAAAUUCUAUUAAAAGUUAAAGCUUCUCAUGUGAUACGUGCUCCCUUUUAAAAGGGAGAUAUUUGAAAGCAAUCAACUAUGGCAGCACUUGAUGGCAGUGAAGCUCCUGCUAAGCUUAAGGGAAAGUAUGCUGCUAUGAUAGUAUGUUGGCUGCUUGGAAUUGGUUGCCUCUUUUCAUGGAAUAGUAUGCUCACAAUUGAAGAUUAUUAUGUUUACAUUUUCCCGCACUACCACCCGUCAAGGGUCCUUACUCUUGUAUAUCAACCCUUUGCCCUUGGUACAAUUGCAGUGCUGACAUACAAUGAGGCGAAGAUCAAUACCAGAUUGAGGAACUUAUUUGGAUAUGCUCUUUUCUUCCUCAGCACUCUUUUGGUUUUAGUAUUGGAUUUAGCUACAUCGGGAAAAGGAGGUAUUGGAACUUUCAUUGGAGUUUGUGCAAUUAGUGGUGCUUUUGGAGUCGCAGAUGCGCAUGUGCAGGGUGGGAUGGUUGGCGACCUGUCUUUCAUGCAGCCUGAAUUUAUUCAGUCUUUCCUUGCUGGUUUAGCAGCAUCCGGGGCUCUAACCUCUGCAUUGAGGCUAAUUACAAAAGCAGCAUUUGACAAUUCUCAGGAUGGUCUUCGCAAGGGAGCCAUUCUAUUUUUUGCCAUCUGUACCUUUUUUGAGCUUCUCUGUGUUCUUCUCUAUGCUUACAUUUUCCCCAAACUGGACAUAGUGAAGCACUACCGCUCCAAGGCAGCCUCAGAAGGAUCAAAAACUGUUUCAGCUGAUCUUGCUGCUGGUGGCAUCCAAACAUUGCUCAAACCGGAAGCCCAAGAAGAUCCAAAACAACUGGAGCGGCUGAGCAACAAGGAGUUGCUAUUGCAGAAUAUUGAUUAUGCAAUUGAUAUGUUUCUGAUAUAUGUCCUGACACUGUCUAUUUUCCCUGGAUUCUUAUCUGAAGACACUGGAACACACAGUUUGGGCGGAUGGUAUGCGCUUGUAUUGAUAGCAAUGUAUAAUGUGUGUGAUUUAAUUGGGAGAUAUAUUCCACUCCUGAAAUUCUUGAAGUUGGAGUCCCGGAAAAGUCUAAUGAUAGCCAUUCUCUCUCGCUUCUUGCUCGUCCCGGCUUUCUAUUUCACUGCGAAGUAUGGAGACCAGGGCUGGAUGAUAAUGCUAACAUCUUUCUUGGGGUUGACUAAUGGUUACCUCACUGUGUGUGUCCUUACUUCUGCACCGAAAGGUUACAAGGGACCGGAGCAAAAUGCGUUGGGAAAUCUGCUUGUAUUGUUUCUUCUUGGUGGAAUCUUUGCUGGGGUUACUCUUGACUGGUUGUGGCUUAUAGGCAAGGGAUGGUGAACAUGGAACUUAGAUGUUGAAGUAGGGAGUGUCUUUUUAUACUAAGCCAGUUUCAGAUUUACGGCAUGGUGAUUUAUGACGAGAUUGCAAAGUGUAAUGUUAGUCAUCCGUUUGAAUUUGGUGGAUGUACUGAACCAAUCUUUAUUACAGUUCCAACUCUCUUUUGUACAGUUCUCCUAGACAAAUAGAAGAAUCGAUUGUUUCUCUUAUAACAUUUAUGCCCCGGAAACUAGCUGAUGAUCAGUGCUAAUCAAAUACAAAUUAGUCUUUUAUUUUGUUCUUUUUUUAA